CCCAUUGAUUUCCGUUUGGAGGCACGGGCCCAAUGCACCUCCCUAGCCACGUAGCACUAAAGUGCUUUCAAAACUCUACCAGAUCUCUCCUCUCUUCUCUCUCUCUCUCUCUCUCUCUCUUUCCUGGGGUGGGAGGAGAGCAGUCAGAGGUGAAGACGUAGGGAGCGAGAACUCGGCGUCCUAUUUGUUAAAUAAAAUACAUAUUUGGCUCUGCAAUUGGAAUGAUAAGUAACCCAGACAGGAGCGCAAGGUCUCCUUACGCAACUCUUCCUACAUCCUCCCCCUUGGCCCCUGCUCCACCCCCUCCCGCUUGUAAAGGUUAAAAAAAAAAAAAACCCUUCCCGAUGAUCUACUCUGGAAAAUCAAAGCAUUAUCUAUUAUUUAACACAUAUCUGUGUCCGAGGAAAAAUGAGGAAGGCGCUGCAUGAUUAAGACCUAAGGGGCAACCCAGCAAACUGAGAGCGUAAUGAUGCCCCUAAAUGAAGGGGGAAAUGGGCCGCGGCGCGCUCUAUUAAUCAGACUGUCAAUUUCACCCCCGAGGCCAAACCCCCGGGCGGGUAGAACCGGCUCUGAGCCGGCAAAGGACCGGAGCCUUUCUCCUCACUUCUUGUCUCUUCUCGCCUCCUACCUGGAUCUAUUUGUCUGCUCCGAAGCCGCCUUCAUUACCCACUGACAGGAGCGUAUAUUUAUUUGCUUAUAAACCUGUUACAAUAAAUGAUUAUUCCAACGGCGUCAUUCGUACCUUAAUGACGAGAGAGCACUACUUUUUGAUGAAUGACAUCUCGGGCUCAGAAGGAUGUAUGGGUCAUUUUGACCAGUCAUUCCCUCGCUCUGGCAUCCCACAUUUUCCCCCUCCUCCCUCUAAAAGAGAUAAUAAUAUUUAGAGGCGCUCGCUGUUGCUGAAUGAGAAUUAGCCCAAGGCUCAGCCCAUCAUUAGGACGGGACAGCCGGGCCCCUGUGACAUUUUUUUUUUUUUUUAAAGAAAGCUGAGAUGAUGGAAAGAAUAAGAAAAGAGAUGAUUCUGAUGGAGAGAGGGCUGCACAGCCCCACGGCCAGCAAGAGGUUCUCCGGUCUGUCUGACUCGGCCGGCAACGCGGUGCUGGAGGCCCUGGAGAAUUCGCAGCACCCGGCCCGCCUCAGCCCGCGCCUGCCGUCCGCCCCCCUGCACGGCGCUCUGGGGGACCUCCCCGCCAAGGGCAAAUUCGAAAUCGACACUCUGUUCAACCUGCAGCACCCGGGCAGCGAAAGCACCGUCUCCGCCGAAAUCUCGUCCGCCGCCGAGGGCCGGAAAAAGCCUGGUCACUACUCGGAGGCGGCGGCCGAGGCGGACAUGAGCAGCGACGUGGAGGUGGGCUGCUCGGCCCUGCGCUCCCCCGGCGGCCUGGGCGCCGCGCCGCUCAAGGAAAACAAUGGCAAAGGGUACGCGGAGAGCGGCUCCACUGCGGGCACCACCACGUCGGCGUCAGGCUCCGGGCUCGGCGGCCUGCAUGGAGGCGGUGGCGGCGGGGGCGCGGCGCUGGGCGGCUCCGGCUCGGGCGCGGAUCAGGUGCGGCGCUACCGCACGGCGUUCACCCGCGAGCAGAUCGCGCGGCUGGAGAAGGAGUUCUACCGGGAGAACUACGUGUCGCGGCCCCGCCGGUGCGAGUUGGCCGCCGCGCUCAACCUGCCCGAAACCACCAUCAAGGUGUGGUUCCAGAACCGGCGCAUGAAGGACAAGCGGCAGCGCCUGGCCAUGUCGUGGCCGCACCCGGCCGACCCCAGCUUCUACACCUACAUGAUGACGCACGCGGCGGCCACCGGCAGCCUGCCCUACCCCUUCCACUCGCACGUGCCGCUGCACUACUACCCGCACGUGGGCGUCACGGCGGCGGCCGCCGCGGCCUCGUCGCCCUUCGCCACUUCCAUCCGCCCGCUGGACACCUUCCGCGCCCUCUCGCACCCCUACUCGCGGCCCGAGCUGCUCUGCAGCUUCCGCCACCCCGGCCUCUACCAGGCGCCCGCGGCCGCCGCGGGCCUCAACAGCGCGGCCUCGGCCGCGGCGGCGGCGGCGGCGGCGGCGGCGGCCUCGUCGGCCGCGGCGGCCGGGGCGCCCUCCAGCGGCGGCUCCGCGCCCUGCUCGUGCCUCAGUUGCCACAGCAGCCAGUCGGCGGCGGCGGCCGCGGCAGCCGCCGCUGCGGCCCUGGGUGCCCGGGGCGGGGGCGGGGGCGGCGGCGGCGGCGGCGGCGGCGGCGGCGGCGGCGGCGGCGGCGGCGGGGCCGGCGGGGCCUCGGGGGCCUCGGACUUCGGCUGUAGCGCCGCGGCGCCGCGCUCCGAGAGCGGCUUCCUGCCCUACUCGGCCGCCGUGCUCAGCAAGACUGAGGUGAGCCCGCCGGACCAGAGGGACGAGGCGCCGCUCACCAGAUAA